GUCUGGACUUCCUUUUACUGAAACCGAAAACAGAAUAUUUGGCAGCAGUGAGAGUACUGGUGAGCUCCCUUUUUCACACGAAUCAAAUACCUAAUUGCACAGUGAGCAGACAUGGUGGAUGUGCUGCUGCUUGAGACUCUGGAAGAAUUGAUCACAGAUGACUUUUGGAAAUUUAAGUGGUACCUAGAUAAAAAGAAUGGCGAUGAUGACUCAAUUCCUGAGAACGACCACAAGUGGGCAAACCAGAUGCAAACUGUGACACUGAUGACCCGUAGCUACGGUGAAGAAAUGGCCGUGAAGGUGGCUGUUGAGAUUCUGAAGAAGAUGAAGAACAUGAACGCUGCAGACAAGUUGACGAAGAAAUAUGCAGAGAUGAACAGAGCUCCACCCUCCUCCUCCUCCUCUGCUGCUGCUGCUUCACCUCCAGCUGCUUCACCUCCAGCUGCUUCACCUCCAGCUGCUUCACCUCCAGCUGCCAACACGAUCUCGGCUCAGAACGAGAGUGUGAUCGUCAAAAUAAACAUCAAUAAGACAGCACAAUAAGAAAUACGGGAAUACAUAUAUAUAUUUUCUUCUACUAUAGUCCAUGAAACCAUUACAUGUUCCUGGAAAAAUUGACAUCUUUACCCGUUAGAGUCCUCCUACAGUGCAAGCCAAUUUUCUUAAAGUCUCAAUAUUUAACAUUAAAAAGCAGUACACACAUCAUUAAUUACACAAUUACAAUACAUGCUUUGAUAUAUAACCCUGUGUUAUAGCUAUAAGCAGAUAUAAGGAACUUUUUAAUGUCUAAUAAUGCACCCUAUGAAGACACAUUUUCUAAUAAUACAACUGUUUUUAAUGGUGGCUGAGAGGUGCACACACGGGCCAAAACAUGUCUAUUAGGAGACACACGCUGAAGUUUCAAAAACAUUAUGAAAACACAAAUGUGCCAAAACACAUGCAAAUGAAGAAACAUCUUCACCAACUUAAAGAAACAUGUGCAGGGUUUAUUGAAAGCGUUGCAUAAAUCCGCUCUGUAUCAGCCAAACGGCUCGCUGCACCCUCACUGCGAGGGGGACCCAAGUUCCCAUCAGCAAAAACACGUCGGUUUG